UCCUAACAAGCUUCAUUCACAUCUCUUUCAUCUGCUUCUAUCUUUUAUUUGUCUUCAUCAAACUUCUUCUUUUGCUCCAUUGUGGUGUCUCACACUUAAAAGUAUGGGUGAAGCUGUAGAAAUCUUCUCAACUAAUGGAGUUUUAGGCCGCGGCAGCCAACCUGAUUUCAACAAGUGUUAUUGGUAUGAAGAAGAGAUCGAUAAUGAUCUCAAGUGGUCAUUCGCUUUGAAUAGUGUUUUGUACAGGGGAACCAGUGAGUAUCAAGACAUAGCUCUUUUGGACACAAAGCAUUUUGGGAAGGUGUUGGUAAUUGAUGGGAAGAUGCAGAGUGCUGAAACGGAUGAGUUUAUUUAUCAUGAAUGCUUGGUUCAUCCGCCUCUUUUAUGCCAUCCCAAUCCAAAAAGCGUAUUUAUAAUGGGAGGUGGAGAAGGGUCGGCUGCAAGAGAAAUACUCAGACAUAAAAGCAUAGAGAAAGUGGUCAUGUGUGAUAUCGAUCAGGAGGUCGUAAAUUUCUGCCGGAGGUAUCUAACGGUCAAUCGCGAGGCGUUCAGUAGCGAAAAGCUUCACCUCGUAAUCAACGACGCUAAGGCUGAGCUUGAAGGAAGGGAUGAGAAGUUCGAUGUGAUCGUAGGAGAUCUAGCGGACCCAGUGGAAGGUGGGCCAUGCUAUCAACUCUACACCAAAUCCUUCUAUGAACAGGUGCUCAAGCCCAAGCUCAAUCACAAGGGCAUUUUUGUCACUCAGGCUGGACCAGCAGGAGUUCUGACCCACAAGGAAGUCUUCUCAUCCAUUUACAACACCUUAAAACAUGUCUUCAAAUAUGUGUUGGCAUACACCGCGCACGUGCCAUCCUUCGCUGACACAUGGGGGUGGGUCAUGGCCUCUGAUCAACCGUUCAAUCUUGAUGCCAAACAAAUCAACGGUCGGAUCGAUGAAAGAGUUAGUGGGGAGUUGCUCUAUUUACACGGCGAAUCGCUGAUUUCGUCCACAAUCAUGAAUAAGAGCGUCUAUCAAUCGUUAAUGAAAGAAACGCAUGUAUACACUGAGGAGGAUGCGAGAUUCAUUUAUGGCCACGGAAGGGCCUACCAUGCUUGAUGGACCGGUAUGGACAGUUAUUGUAUAGAGAGUGAAGGGUUCACAACAAAACAAAGUUAUUGUGGGGCCCACAAAACAGAUGGCUCAGAUCAAGCAACGGAGGGAAAGCUCUUGUUGGGGGGUGUUGUAGUUGGGAUUCUUUACUUCUUUUAUACAGUAAAUGUAGUGCCUUGUUGUGAUAGGCCAAAACAGGAAUCUUUGAAAGGGUAAAUAAAAACAAAGUUUUACUUCAUAUGAAAUUAUCUUUUCAUUCA